UUCGAAGGAAAACGUUUCACUCGAUUGCCUGUACUGGUCCCGUGAAGUGGACGUCGCAGGUGCGAGGUAACAGAGCAUCAUGCCCGUAGAACUGUAUCUCUUCCAGGGUAGCGCACCCUGCACAUUUGUGCAAAUGGUCGCAAAACACAUUGGCGUUGACCUGAGCCUUAAGGACCUCGAUUUCUUGAAACGAGAACACGAAGCACCGGAGUUCACCAAGAUCAACCCGUUUCAAAAAGUUCCGACCAUAAACGACUCUGGAUUCAUUCUCUACGAAAGCUCCGCCAUCGCUUACUACCUGGUGAACAAAUACGCACCGACGUCGGAUCUCUACCCAAAGGAUGUCAAAAAACGCGCACUGGUUGAUCAAGUCCUUUCUGUGGUGUCGACACACAUACAGCCAAAGUUUUCGGCCUUCUCGAUACCAUCCUUCCGGACCAACAAGAAACCGAGCGCUGAGAGCUUCAAGGAAUUCGAGGAAGGCGUCAUCAAGGCUUUCGAGCAGGUUAUUGGCGAUACAACAACGUUUGUGGCGUGCGACAACCUGACACUUGCGGAUAUUCGUCUAAUAUCUCUCCUGGCCUGCAUUGUUCCGCUCAAGGAUCUUUUCGAUAGGUCAAAGUACCCGAAUGUGGCGGCCUACUACGACCGAGUGGCAGCCAAAAUGCCCUAUUUUGAAGAGCUUUUGCGACGCCAUAUUGAAGAUCGCGCCAGAUUCUGGGCGACCCUUCAGUAAUCUUGUAGAAAGAAGCGUUAGAUGGAGUCGAACAACUUAAAAUAAAACAAGAAAAACGGCGGUCGCUGAAAAUUUUUUUCUCAAGUUACAAAAAGAAAUGCCACGAAAUAAAGCAUUGAAUACACGA